AUGGAUGGGAAGAAGGUCCCUCUCAUUGGGCAAGUAAAGGAUGCUCAAGCAGUACUUGCAGCAUGUCUUGAUAAAAGGGUAAAACUGGCCAUUUUGGUUGUUGAUAUUCCUACAAGUUAUGGGAGGCUUUUAAGUAGGACUUUCUGUAGGGAUUUGGGAGGUGAGAUCAAGAUGGACUGGUCUAGUGUCCCUGACAAUGUGAAUCAUUGGCAACUUUUUGAUAUAGAUGCUCAGAUUAAAGCUUCAUGGAGUGUACCCAUUCCUUUGUCCAAUCAUAUUUUGAGGGUUCUGAAGAUAUGUGUAAAGAAUUUUGCCCAAAUCUUGGUAUUGAUUCUGUAUAAGAUAGCAUUUAUCACCCGUUGGGGAAUGUUUGCAUAUAAUCGUAUGCCUUUUGGUCUGAUUAAUACCGGAGCAACUUUUCAAAGGGCCAUGGAUUAUUCUUUUAAGGAUAUCCAUGAUAGAAUUAUUGUAGUCUACCUAAAUGACUUGACCGUCUUCUCUAAAGUAAGGAAGAAUUAUCUCCAAGAUCUGAGGCUAGUUCUGCAACAUUUUCGAGAACAUGGUAUCUCCCUGAAUCCAAAAAAGUCAGUUUUCUAUGCAACUAAAGGCAAGCUAUUGGGGCAUAUUGUUUCGAAGGAAGGCAUCAAGAUUGAUCCUAAAAGAGUUAAUGCAAUCCAACACCUCAGCCUGCCUUCAAAUCGGAUUGGAGUAAGGUCAUUUUUCGGUCAGGUAGAUGGAUCUGGUACUGAAGCACCCAUAGCAUUCAUGAGAAUCCCUCUUAAGAAACAUGAACUUAAGUAUUUGCUCUCAGAGAAACAAUCCUUCAUCAUGGUUAAAGUUGUAAAACAAUUCCAGUAUUAUAUUUUGCAUUCUCACUAUGUGGUGUUUGUUCUGGAUUCUACAGUAAAAAGCAUUUUGACUCAACAAGAAGUUGGGCUUAACAAAAGAGCAACAUGGGUAACCAAAAUUCAAGAAUAUGAUUUGGAUACUCAUCCUACAAAGAUGGUUAAAGGACAGGGUUUAUGCAAAUUGAUAGCGGACACUGGGGUAGAAAUAGAUGAGGGGCUACCAUUGACUCUGUUUGUUGGUUUGCAAGAUACAUGGUUUUCUAAUGUGGCUUACUACCUGACCUAUGGUAGUUUCCUGGGUCAUUUGUCAACUAAAGAACAAAGGAAUCUCAAAUUAAAAGCAGCUAAGUAUGUUAUCUUGCAAGAUGUUUUGUAUAAAAAGGGCUUGGAUGGUACCUACUUGAGAUGUGUAGAUAAGCCACAACAACAGAAACUUCUGGAAGAAUGUGAAAAAUGUCAACUAUUUUUUGGAAAACCACAUUUAGCUGCCCUGCCUUUAAGGCUUGUGGUAGUGGAUGAACCUUUCAAAAAAUGGGAUAUUGAUUUCAUUGGUCCAAUAAAUCCUCAUUCUAGUGCUGGCCAUGUAUAUUCUGACAGCAACAGAUUAUUUUACUAA